AGAGACACAGCUCCAACAUAAAGGUCUGUUAUCUCACUCAGGUCUCAGCCCCUCCAUCCUGACUCAGCACCCUGAUCUGCAGCACUGGCUCUCUAAGCAGAAUGGCUUGGCUUGCUUGGGUGCUCUUUGGCAUGCAGGUGCUUUGCUCCUGCACUGCUGCCCCCCCAGCCCCAGGGGCAGGGGCUGCCCUGCUGUGCCCCCGCUGCGAUGACGCCGCAGUGGAGGCGGCUGCAGACCUGGCUCUGCGCCACAUCAACGCUGACCGAGAGGAGGGCUACGUGCUCAGCCUCUACAGGAUCGUCAGCGCCCGAGAGCAGCCCCAGGAGAUCACUGGUUCUGUCUUCUAUCUCAUCUUGGAUGUAGUAGAUACUGAGUGCCAUGUACUCAGCAAAAAGUUGUGGAAGAACUGUAAUCUCAGAUCUGCUCAUUCAACCGUUUACGGUCAAUGCAAAGCAAUUAUCUAUAUAAAUCAGGCAAGAAAUAUUGCUCAUCUGAAUACUUAUGAGUGCACUUUACAACCAGUUCCAGGCAAAUAUAUUUGGUCAAUAUGUCCCGACUGCCCCAUUGAUGAUUCUCCAACCAAGCCUGAAUACUUGGAGGCUGCUGCCCGAACCCUUGCCAAGUUCAAUGCAGAGAGUGAACAAACUCAUUACUUCUCUAUCCUCAAUGUCACAAGAGCUUCAAUGCAGUGGGUUGUUGGUCCUGCACAUUUUGUGGAGUUUUUAAUUCAGGAGACAUCUUGCUCCAAAGAUGACACGGUUGCUGACAUCUCAAUGUGUGAGCCACUUCCACCAGAAGUAGCUAAAAUCGGUUUUUGCAAAGGCUCUGUAGUAAACGGCCAUGUGGAACAGUUUGUCACAAUAUCCUGUGAAAUCUACAGUCAGCAGGAACCUGCCACUGAAGAGGAAAACCAGGAAGCAAAUCAGACACCUGGAAAAUCCACGCAGGAUCAACAGGCCUCCCCUUCAGAUGCCAAUUCUUUUUCCCCACACCUGGAAAAAACAGUGGGCUGGGUUAAAAUUCUACCCCCUUCAAAUGAGGACAUCACUUUCCAUAGCCUACGAGAAAGUCAAAAUGAACAUAAAGACAGAAAGCCAGUUCCUCCUAAGGCUGUAGAAUCUGCCCACAGGUGUGAUGGAGAAAAUACUCAAGUGAACAAACCAGACUUCACCAAACCAGUCACUGGACCAGUUUUUCUCCCUUUUCCUGAAGAACCUUCUCCAUCAGAUUCAUGUCCAGGAGAAGCAAAGCAUCCAGAAGGCAUCCUCCAUCCUUUGAUUACUAGAAAGCCGGCCACAGUCUAGCCACCACCAAAGCGCCUCAACUAUCUGUAACAAAAUAACAGCAAAAUGGCAACAUGGUUUACAAUUUGUGCAACACCUUCAAAUAAAAAAAGAGUUUGAUACAGUGUUCA